GAAUGGGAUAACGGUUGGAGUGAGUGAGUGUUUACAUUUCCUUCUUUCUGAAGUUGCAGACAAAGAGAUAUAUUAUCUGAAUCUAUUAUUAUUCUUCGCGCUGUGUGAGUGAGUUAAAGCGUUAAGCACAUACUAUACAUACAUGGCGGUUUCAAUGGCUACGGGACUAUUAUUCUCUACAUCAUCAUCAUCCACUCUAACUUUGAGAAGGCAACCAAACUUUGCUUUUCCCACACCCCCUUCUACGUUUCACAACCGGGUGCCGAUACUCCGAACAGUUAUUUCUGCCACCGUCUCUCAGCCACCUGCCGGUGGAAAAGGUCGAGGUAUCAUGCAGCCCCGAAAAAUCAGCCCUGAGAUGCAAGACCUCGUCGGCCUUCCAGAGAUUUCCCGAACCCAAGCACUCAAGCACAUUUGGGCUCACAUUAAGGAAAACAAUCUCCAGGGCAGGGGUUUCAACAUCAACACAUACAUAAAUGAGGGGUGACAACACUGGGAUACAAUAACAAUACUAAGAACAUUGUUCAUUUUUUUUAUCUGUUGUCAAUUUUAUUUCCAACAAACUUGUACUAGCUUCACGGACACACGCCGACACAUUGACACCGAUAAUAAUUUAAGAAAAUGACAAAGUUCAAUGUAAUCAUAAGUGACGACGGUCACCGACACGUCCGACCGUGACACACCUAAUCCUAGUAGUGUUCGUGCUUCAUAGUUGUUUUGCACUAAAUUGUUAUCAACUAUAUUGACAUCAACUACUAACUCUGCACCUAUUCUGCAUUUCAAUUGCUUCAUCUGUACUUUUUUUUGUUUUCUGAAUUUCUUGUAUAUGUAAUGCUGUAUGUUCAGCUUAUAAUAAUAUCAUAAUGGUCGAGGCUGAUGGAUUCUAUCCCCAAUUUUGGAGCCAUCUAAUCUAAAUUCUCUGUUUGAUAUAAUUACAAAUAAAGUUUGCUAUUUUUCACUUAGAGUGCAUCUACCUUUCUAAAUACACUAGUACAGUGUGAAUUACUUCCAAGUGCUGCCCAUUAAUUCAAUUGAAUGUUUUCUGAUAUACUUUUCUAACUUAGUGUUGUAUUAUUUUGACAUGAUAAUAACCCUGCUUUCACCGCUACAUAAU